GUGCCGGCUGCCAACUCUCCAUCCUCUGCGCCAGGUACCAGUUCAACCCUGCUUUCUUCCAAACCGCCGUCACGGCUCAGAUCCUGCUCAAAGCGCUGACCAACCUCCCUCACACAGACUUCACCCUCUGCAAGUGCAUGAUCGACCAGGCUCACCAAGAAGAGAGGCCGAUCAGGCAGAUCCUCUACCUGGGGGAGCUCCUGGAGACCUGCCACUUCCAGGCCUUCUGGCAAGCCCUGGAUGAGAACAUGGAGCUUCUGGACGGGAUCACGGGCUUUGAGGAUUCUGUUAGGAAAUUCAUUUGCCACGUGGUGGGGAUCACGUACCAGCACAUUGACCGGUGGCUGCUUGCGGAGGUGCUGGGUGACCUCUCAGACAGCCAGCUGAAGGUCUGGAUGAGCAAAUAUGGCUGGACAGAAACUGAGUCGGGCAAGAUCUUCAUCUGCAACCAGGAGGAGAGCAUCAAGCCCAAGAACAUCGUGGAGAAGAUCGACUUUGACAGUGUGUCCAGCAUCAUGGCUUCCUCCCAGUGAUGGUGCCUCCUUCCUGCUGCCCGGGAACCAGCUCUGGGCUCCUCUAACAUCUGUCCACCCUGCCAAUAAAAGCACCGGUGUGGACCUUG